AUGCCUUCUCUUUCUUUCACUGCUGCCCUCGGGCUUUUGUCUCUUCUCCCUGCUGCGCAGGCUGGCUGGAAUCAAAACAGCAACGACAACAUCGUCGUGUACUGGGGUCAGAAUUCCGGCAGCGUUGGCCAGAACAGGCUCUCAUACUACUGCCAGAACGCCCCUGAUGUCGACGUCAUCAACAUUUCCUUCAUGGUUGGCAUCACCAACCUCAACCUCAACCUCGCCAACGUUGGCAACAACUGUACCUCUUUCCCUCAGGCUCCCAACCUGCUUAACUGCCCCCAGGUUGCGGCCGAUAUCGUCGAGUGCCAGCAAACCUAUGGCAAGACCAUCAUGAUGAGUCUGUUCGGCUCCACUUACUCCGAGAGUGGCUUCAGCUCCUCGUCCGCUGCUGUCUCGGCUGCCCAGGAGAUCUGGGCCAUGUACGGCCCUGUCCAGAGCGGCAACAGCACUCCCCGACCUUUCGGUAACGCCGUUGUCGACGGUUUCGACUUUGAUCUUGAGGACCCUAUCGAGAACAACAUGGAGCCCUUCGCCGCUGAGCUGAAGAGCUUGAUGGAUGCCGCCACUUCCAAGAAGUUCUGGCUCUCUGCUGCUCCCCAGUGCCCCUACCCCGAUGUCUCGGACGAGUCUUUCCUCGAUGGUCAGGUCGCUUUCGAUUGGGUUAAUGUCCAGUUCUACAACAACGGAUGUGGUGUCUCUCACUACCCUACCGACUUCAACUGGGCUACCUGGGACAACUGGGCCAAGACUGUCAGCGCCAACAAGAACGCCAAGGUUCUCAUCGGUACUCCUGCCAACGUCGGUGGUGCCAACGCCGGAUCCUUCCCUACCGACUCUCAGCUCUCUGGAGCUAUCAGCCUUGCCAAGGGCACUUCCAGCUUCGGUGGUGUCAUGCUGUGGGAUAUGGCUCAGCUUUUCACCAACACUGGAUACCUGGCCAAGAUCGUUGCUGACCUCGGCGGCUCGGCUUCUACUCCUCCCCCUCCCCCUCCUUCUACCACCCUGGCAACUGUCACCCGAACUUCCACUGCCGCCAGCGGUCCUACCUCCUCUGCUCCCUCCGGUGGCAACGGCGGCUCUGUUCCUCAGUGGGGCCAGUGCGGUGGUGAUGGAUACACUGGUCCUACCCAGUGCCAGGCUCCCUUCAAGUGUGUCGUUGAGUCUGAGUGGUGGUCUUCUUGCCAGUAA